AAACAAGCCUCCUUGUAUAAGGCCCUCUCAAGGAAGCUACAGUAAUGGAGGAUGCUCUGUGGGCGGCACCGCACGCCUGAUAGGAGCCCUCUCUCGCAGUGGAACUAUGGUCUACCUGCACUGCACGACUGCCCGACUCACGCACUAAAAGAGAGAAGGUUUCAUAAUCCGAGGUCCUUGUAGUCAGUAAAAAUGCCUUCCACCUGUGUUGUGUUUAAGUGUAAGAACCUAAGCUUACCAGCUUACUGAGGAAGCCUAGUGGAUCACUUGACACUGUUGCAGAAAUGACAGGCUUUGGACUUUGACGAAGUAUGGAUGAUAUUCUGUCAAUGCAGAAAAGUGGCAUUGUCUCCUCUUCUUAACAGUACGUUGUAUCUGAAUAUGUUUGUGAAACUUGAGGUGCUUUCUGAGGAUUCCAGCAAGUAACUGGCAGGAUCUUUCUUUGUUCUGGAACAGAGAGUACAGCUAAAACCCAUGCUGGCUGGUACUGAUUAACCACAAAAAAUGAGCAGAUCUCAUGUUGACCUUGAUGGCAUCAUUGCCCAACUGCUGAGUGCAAAGAACCAGCCAGGAAAGCAGGUUCAACUACCUGAAGCCCAUAUCCGGCAUUUAUGUAUUACUUCAAGAGAUAUCUUCAUGGAGCAGCCCAUGCUUGUGGAGCUUGAUGCUCCUGUCAAUAUUAUUGGUGACAUUCAUGGACAGUAUGAUGAUCUACUGAGACACUUUGAUACCUGUGGAUAUCCACCUGCUGCUAACUACUUGUUUCUGGGGGAUUAUGUAGACAGGGGGCGACAAUCUUUAGAGGUCAUCUGCCUCCUUUUGGCAUACAAGAUUAAGUAUCCUCAGAAUUUUUUCAUGCUCAGAGGCAACCACGAGUGUGCCUCAAUAAACAGAAUUUAUGGCUUCUAUGAUGAAUGUAAACGACGUUAUAACAUCAAGCUGUGGAAAACUUUUACUGACUGCUUCAAUUGUCUACCAGUCUCUGCAAUAGUGGAUAGCACUAUUCUGUGCAUGCAUGGUGGCCUCUCUCCCGACCUUACAGAUCUGGAUCAGAUACGUAACUUGCAGCGUCCUAGUGAUGUCCCAGACCAUGGGCUUCUCUGUGAUAUUUUAUGGUCUGACCCAGAUGAGGAUAUCACAGGCUGGGGAGAAAAUGACAGAGGGGUUUCCUUCACUUUUGGAGGUGACAUUGUGAAAGAAUACCUUCGACGCUUCAGCUGCAGCUUGAUUGCGAGGGCACACCAGGUUGUGGAAGACGGUUAUGCAUUCUUUGAAAAAAGAAAGCUUGUGACCAUAUUCAGCGCCCCAAACUACUGUGGGGAGUUUGAUAAUGCUGCAGCUGUCAUGAUUGUUUCAGAGGACUUGACAUGUUCUUUUAAGAUUUUAAAGCCCAUGUCCCUGGAACAAUUCAAGCAGAACUCAUCAAAGGUAAAAGUUAGAUGAGCAAGUUUUGUUCUUUACAGACUUGACUUAUUUGUCACAUUCCUGAUAAUUUUUUUUCUUCCGAUGGUGCAGAUGUUUUUAUCUGGUGAUCAUUUUGAGGAUUUUGUUCUUGUGUGCGGAUGAAAAUAUUUAUUUACACAUUGGAUUAAGAAUAGAUUCAGUUUCCUCUGUAAUGGAAUUGUGUCCUCCAUGUAAGUUUUGUGAGCAUUUGAAGUACCAAUGUCCACUUUGGUUGCUCAUUUCUCUGAUCAUAAACAGAGAGCGUGUUGUAUUUUGUUUGUAUACUUUUUCUUAGUCACACAUGUUGAUUGUCAUGUGAUAUGAAUGAAUCUCUUUCUGCUUAUGCUUUGUGCUGUAUAAUCAUGACCUCUCUCAGAUUACACUUGUUUUUUAAGGCUUGUUUUUGGACUGCUUUUAUAAUUGUUACUCUUACAGGGUUUUUUUAGACUUGGACACAAUUAUCAUAGAAGUAUGUGUGGGUGGUUGACGGAUGCUCUGGUGUGGUUUGCUAUUGUCUUCAUCUCUCCUUCUUUUUUUGUUUUUGUUACUCUCUUGCAACCCCUAAUCUUCGGCACGUAUUUGACCUCAUUGUGUUGCAAGGGCUGUAAAAUGCAUACAAAAACAAACAAACAAAAAAGAAAGAAGUAUGCCCAUUACUGACACGAUGUGAAGUGCAUGUUUCUUUUGCGCUUAUGAGGCCCAAAAAUUUGUAGCUUGUGCUGGUUUUUGUAGCAGGAAAAUUGCAUGGAGGUGGGAUGAGGUACCUUUCUCACCAAGGAGGCUUGUCUUUUGCAGAAGUGAAAUUUCAAUUGGCAGCAGAUGGAGAUUGAGAGAAAAAUGUAAAAAUCUUGUCCAAGGCACAGCGUUGGACCGAGCACUGCAUGGAAAGAAUGACUGACGCUUUGGUUUUGAAUUACGCAGCCUAAACACCGGAUCACUAACGCCAUAAACAACGGUAAAAUCUGAAAAUCUGAAUGAUGGGAAAACUUUUCUUGUGAGGUAUGUUUUCCUGUAGGUCUACCAGACUGAGUUGGGAGGGGAAUAUAAUGUAAAAAUGACGGGUGGAAACUGAACAUUUCUGGCUAAGGUUUUAAAAGAAGCAAAAAAAUGAAAAACAAAUUAUUUGUUAGAUCUAGUUUAGCUAACGAUUAAAAGUUUCCUGUUGUCAAAGGCCACUAGUUGUCCUCAUUUAUAGAGAGUGCUGAAUGUACCUGAAAAAAUCUCAAUGACAGAGCUUGCACUUUUUCAAAUUCUUCCCUCACUAGUCUAGCUGUUAUUUCAAAGGAAAAGAUUUAUUGCUACCUUCAGGUGAAGGUUUCUAGUUAAGGUCUGGAUCAUUGAUGUUUUAAAGAUACUCAGAAAUAAAUUGUUGUUUGACUAAUCCAGUGAAGUUCCGGAGAAAGGGACCAAAAUUUAAAGAGCGCUUGUGGAUAAAUCCAUAAUAAAUUUAUGAAUGUCAUUACUACUAGGCCAAGGGGCUUCCCAAUGUGGUUGUUAGGGGUUUAACUUGCAAUAAAAAAUGUUUGGUUCAACUCCUUUUCAUGGUGAUGUACAUUGUAAUGUUGGCAUAGAAACUGUUCCCCUUUUCCCCAGUUUGUCCAGCUGUAAAGGUGCUCUUGGUACACAGUCGUGGUAGGGAUGGAUUAUGGGAAUAGUAUUGUUGUUUGCAUAGAUAUCAGGCUGCAAUAUUGUGUUUCCCUUUUGUUUUGUUUUGUUUUAGUAGAGGUUUUACGGCGCUCGCAACUGCAUAAGGUCAUAUGAGCGCCAAGAUGUUUCCCUUUGGGACAACAGUUGCAAAUUAGAACUGACUGGCUCAUCAAGGGGCUGCUUUCGAUGUUCUUGUGGGAGGGGAUACAUUCUUAUAGUCAUUGUAACUGUGACUGGGUUCAGUGCCCAUGGUUGAAUUUGUGUCAUUCUUUCAUGAUUACCUUAGAUUCCCACCUGCAGGACCCCCCCC